GUUUAAAGUAUGUGUUUAAUUUUAAUGAUUUAAUUCAGGAGUUUAAAAUAUAGAUAAUAUAUAACCACUCUUUUCUUUUCUUCAAUUAAUGAAAUAAAAAAGAAAACCACCUUUGAAAAAAUAAAUAAAUAAAUAAAUAAUAUAUAACCACUCCAUAUGUUUUCACUUUUUAGAUUCGGAUUAAAAAGAGAACUCGAAUCAAUUUGCCACCAAAAAAGAAAAAAAAAAUAAUAUAACAGCUCCGUACCGUUAAUCGCCACUUUCCUUCGACCGCAUUCCACUCUACCACCAAAAAUCUAAAACUCCGACCACACAAUGAGAUCUUACCCUCCGCCUCUUAUACCGAGACCCGAUGAAGACUCCGACCCGUUAAUCCGACCCACCCAGACCACCACCACAGCCGUCCUCCCUAUAACUCGCAAAAAGGGAACCGGAGUUCGAGCCUGGCUUCUCCUAGACUCAAGAGGCCAAACCCAGAUAAUAGAAGCUGGUAAACAUGCUAUUAUGCGUCGAACUGGGUUACCCGCCCGUGAUCUUCGCAUCCUUGAUCCGCAAUUAUCAUACCCAUCCACGGUCUUGGGUAGAGAGAGAGCAAUUGUUAUUAAUUUGGAACAUAUUAAAGCUAUAAUUACUUCCCAAGAAGUUCUUUUAUUGAAUUCUAAAGACCCUUCUGUUAUUCCUUUUGUUGAUGAGUUGCAAAGAAGGCUUUCUUGUCAUUAUAAUGCUACUAAAGCUCAGGAGGGCAAUAAUAAUGAUGCAAAUUGGACACCUUCGUUUGACCCUGAAGAGCCACAGCUAAGAGCAAGUACUAAAAACUUUACAGGGGCCUUUGAGGACCGUAAUGAGGGAGGUAAGGUAGAUGGGAAACCAGAUCUUGAGUAUCGGGAUGGGUCAAAUGUUCUUCCAUUUGAAUUUGUUGCUCUAGAGGCAUGCCUUGAAGCUGCUUGCGGUUGCUUAGAAAAUGAAGCAAAAACACUGGAGCAAGAGGCUCAUCCAGCACUGGAUAAACUGACUUCAAAAAUCAGUACUCUCAAUUUAGAACGUGUUCGGCAAAUCAAAAGUCGUUUGGUUGCAAUAACUGGUCGUGUUCAAAAGGUUCGGGAUGAGUUGGAGCACUUGUUGGAUGAUGAUGAGGAUAUGGCUGAGAUGUAUCUGACAGAAAAGUUGGUUCAAAACCUGGAAAAUUCUUCCGCAUCCUCUUUAAAUGAGAACAUGGAUGACGAAUACGAUCAAACGGAUUUGGAUGACAGGAUCCCUGCUGAAGUCCCAUUGGAAGCUCAUGGGGCUUCUACUAGCUUUGAGGGUGAUAUUCACAAUGCUAGCAACACACACGAUCAUCUGUUUGGUGCUUCUAACCUGCUUCACAGGGAUAGCCAUGGGACGCAUACCAGCACCACUCGUAGUGCCAUAAGCAAGCACCUUGAUGUAGAAGAACUGGAAAUGCUCUUGGAGGCUUACUUUGUGCAAAUUGACGGCACCCUGAAUAAACUAUCCACACUGAGGGAGUAUGUUGAUGACACGGAGGAUUACAUCAACAUAAUGCUGGAUGAUAAACAGAAUCAUCUCCUGCAAAUGGGGGUCAUGUUGACAACAGCAACCCUAGUGAUCAGCUGUUGCGUCGUUGUUGCCGGUAUUUUUGGCAUGAAUAUCAGCAUUGAGUUGUUCAAUGAACAGAUGGAAACAGGGAUGCAAAAGUUUCUAUGGACUGUUGGGGGCAGCUGUGCUGGGAGCGUAUUCCUGUAUGUAGUUGCUAUUGCCUGGUGCAAACAAAAGCGCUUGCUAGAAUAAUUGAGGACAUUAGCAUAACCGAGGGGCCUGCUGUGUAUAAGGCGGCAUUCAAUUUGAGGGGCUAUUAUUUGAUAUAUUGUGAGUUGCAACUUUCUAUACACAUCCAAUUGUAAAGGCUUGGUAUUUUCCCUAGUGGUUUCAAGUUUGCACCAUGCUUGAAUCUCAGGGGAGCUAUCCACUGUAUAGUGCUUAAGAUUCUGAUACACCAGAAAGACAAUCAUGGUGUAUUUGGGAAUAUAGUCUCCCACUGUAAUAGCUUUGCAGUACAGCAAAUAAUAUAUGAUUGUGAGUAUGAAUAGAAUUUGCCUGCUCCAUUAAUUA